ACUUUAUAAUUUGUGAAGUAUUUAACACUUACUCUAUGGAGUAUGCAUUUUUAUAUUCAGAUGAAGAAACUUGAGUCCAAAAAACAGUCCCAAAGGCCUACGGAAGAUCACACAACUCUUACAUGGAGAGUCAGGUUUCCUGGUUUCCAGGUUUCAGAAUGUUUUCUUUUGUUUACCUGGGACUUGAAAUAAGAAUGACCCCUCUCUUUUCUGCCAUUCUUUCUCAUAUUGGCUGUUUUCGCUAGGCAAGUUUAGACUGAAAACUUUUUUUUCUUUGUUGAGGACUACUAGUGCCUUAUUAGUGCUGUUCUGUCACUUUGAUCCUAUCAUUGUCCUUUGGUGUUGAAGUUAAAGUUUCUUGGGUAUACUACUAACUGAUCAACUAACUGAUCAUUUUUCCUGAAGGUAAAAUAUGCUUUGAUCAGUGCCCAACGAUGUAUGAUUUGCCAAGGAGAUAUUGCUAGGUAUCGGGAACAAGCCAAUGACACAGCAAACUACGGGAAAGCACGCAGUUGGUACCUAAAGGCCCAGCAUAUUGCUCCCAAGAAUGGGCGCCCAUAUAACCAGUUGGCUCUGCUGGCAGUGUAUACGAGGAGGAAGCUUGAUGCUGUCUAUUACUAUAUGCGCAGUUUAGCUGCCAGCAACCCUAUCCUGACUGCCAAGGAGAGUCUCAUGAGCUUGUUUGAGGAGACCAAACGAAAGGCAGAGCAGAUGGAAAAAAAGCAACACGAGGAAUUGGAACUGAGCCCUGACCAAUGGCGGAAAGGAAAGAAGUCUACUUUCCGGCAUGUUGGAGAUGACACCACUCGCUUAGAGAUCUGGAUCCAUCCAUCACAUCCCCGGUCCUCCCAGGGCACUGAAUCUGGGAAGGAUUCUGAGCAGGAGAAUGGGCUGGGCAGCCUGAGCCCAAGUGAUCUGAACAAAAGGUUCAUCCUCAGUUUUCUCCAUGCCCAUGGGAAGCUGUUUACCCGGAUUGGGAUGGAGACAUUCCCUGCGGUGGCGGAGAAGGUCCUCAAGGAGUUCCAGGUGCUGCUGCAGCACAGCCCCCCUCCUAUUGGAAGUACCCGCAUGCUGCAGCUUAUGACCAUCAACAUGUUUGCUGUGCACAACUCUCAGCUGAAAGACUGCUUCUCGGAAGAGUGUCGCUCUGUGAUCCAGGAGCAAGCCGCAGCACUGGGCUUGGCCAUGUUUUCUCUCCUGGUGCAGCGCUGCACCUACUUACUUAAGGAGUCUGCCAAAGCUCAGUUGUCCUCUCCUGAGGACGAGGAUGACCAAGAUGACAUCAAGGUGUCUUCCUUCGUCUCGGACCUGAAGGAACUGCUCCCCAGUGUGAAAGUCUGGUCGGACUGGAUGCUCGGCUACCCAGACACCUGGAAUCCUCCACCCACAUCCCUGGACCUGCCCUCACAGGUUGCUAUGGAUGUGUGGUCGAUGCUGGCUGAUUUCUGUAACAUAUUGACUGCGGUGAAUCAGUCUGAGGUGCCACUGUACAAGGACCCGGACGAUGACCUCACCCUUCUUAUCCUGGAAGAGGAUCGGCUUCUCUCGGGCUUUGUCCCCUUGCUGGCUGCCCCUCAGGACCCCUGCUACGUGGAGAAAACCUCGGAUAAGGUUAUUGCAGCCGACUGCAAAAGGGUCACAGUGCUGAAGUAUUUUCUGGAAGCCCUUUGUGGACAAGAAGAGCCUCUGCUGGCAUUCAAGGGUGGAAAAUAUGUGUCAGUGGCACCCGUCCCAGACACCAUGGGAAAGGAAAUGGGAAGCCAAGAGGGAAAACAACUGGAAGAUGAGGAGGAGGACGUGGUGAUUGAAGACUUUGAGGAAGAUUCAGAGGCCGAAGGCAGCGGGGGUGAGGAUGACAUCAGGGAACUUCGUGCCAAGAAGCUGGCUCUGGCCAGGAAGAUAGCCGAGCAGCAGCGUCGCCAAGAAAAGAUCCAGGCUGUCCUGGAGGACCAGAGUCAGAUGAGGCAGAUGGAGCUCGAGAUCAGACCCUUGUUCCUUGUACCAGACACCAACGGCUUCAUUGACCACCUGGCCAGUCUGGCACGGCUGCUGGAGAGCAGGAGGUACAUCCUGGUGGUACCCCUCAUCGGUGAGUCAGGCCAGAGCAGCCCUGCACACGUGCUGCAGCCCCCUCCCCACGCACGCCCCACGGCCCCGGGGCCAAGCAGCCAGAGAGCCCCGCUAUGUGUGUAUGGCAGGAUCUGCAGGCAAGUAGGGUCUGCGUGGGGCAAGGAAAAUUGUUUAAUAAUCAGAGCAGUUCGAAUUAUUAUGGCUGAUCCAUGGCUUAAACUGCUUGAGCAAAUGGACUCCUGUGUCCCAGCAACCCGAGGCUGCAUGAGCCCAGCCCUUGUUUUUAUCCUUAUAAAGCUUGCAGUAAAACAGCAAAGCUGGUUCCCGUUAUUGGUAAACACUCAGCCCUGGCAGAUAACGGCAGUGCUGCUGGGUGGUCUGGCAGGGAGGCUGGGAGGAUUUUGAAGUGGUUAGAUGCCUUUGGUCUGAUUGUCUUGUAGCUUUUCAUGAUCAUUCUGUUGGUUCGAGGUAGCAUUCUUCUGGCCAGUGUCACCCUAAGGCCAGCCUGACGGAAACCCUCCAGAGCAAGCCCUUGGCUUAUGCCUAUGGAUUCCUGCCACUUGGGCCCUUACCACUGUCUGGUCACUGAUGCUGGUGCAGGGUCAGCAUCUCAGGACCCAGCUAGCUUGCUUCCACCCUCAGGCCAGAAGAGCCCAGCUGGGCUGUCUCCAAGGGACUGUCUAGGCACUGUCUUAGUUCUUGGAGCUCUGCGGUGGGUCAGCCUGAGGAUGGGCUUUGGGCUCUGGGCUCCUAAUAUAAUUGAUACAGCUAAUAUAGCUGAUGGCUAUCCUGUGGAGGGAGAGAGGGUCUAGGAGGUGAUUGGCUUUUCAGUGUCCCCUUCUCAGCAGCCACUUGGCGCAAGUUCGGGAUCCUUGUCCUCUGGAAAAGCUGCCAGACUGGCAGUCUGCCUGCCAAGCCACCUCUGACAUCCAUGCCAAGAUGUUCCAUUGGGCCUCCCCUCCUAGUCCCAAGUGUCUUAGUGCCAGAUGAGGGUGGAAACAAAGGGCAGGAAACAUCCGCCCCUGCAGAGGCUAUAGAACCCUGGGGGGUUGUGGGAAACACGUUAGCACCACCUGAGAAUGUUGGCACUGAAGCAGCCCUCGUCCCGCCUCCACCCUCCCUGUCUUCCUUCCCCCUCCCCAUGUGGCCUGGCCAGAACCUCUUAAACCCAGGCCUCUGGACCUAAGGAAAGGCUUUCUGUUCUUCAGAAGUAGAGCAGCAAGACUGUCAGGUUGUUCCAGCUUCCCCUCUUCCCUCACUGCAUCCUGGGUAGGGUAGCUACCAGGAUAGCGUGUCCCCGUGCUUUCCUACCCCAGGAGAUUUUUAGGGGAAAGAGAGUAAGUGGUCGCUUUUGCUAAUGGUCAGGAAAUGGUAUAACUGAGAGAGGUUGCUGACGUCCAAGGAGUUCCCUAAGACUGGGAAGGGGCCUCAGACACCAUCCCAGGCUAGCAAGGUUCUUGGUCCCCAGCACUGAUUGUGCCCCUACUGUGUGCCCGGCCUCCUUAUUCCUGGGGGAUCCAGGGAAAGGUGGAACUGCAAGCCCUUGGCCUCGAUAGCUUGUGGUUUAAUAGGGAAAGCCAGAUCUGGUGGGGAGGGAGCAAAUAC